ACUGCUCCAUCCGCUCCAGUGCAGGCCUGAGGAGCAGGCUUCUCUUUGGCUCGGUGUGUUAGUAAUUAUCUGAUUAUUUCUGCCGAGCGCUGCCAGGGGCUGCGUUGCAUUUCCACAGUUUAUUGAGAUAAAGUCGGACUCAGCAUGCAAGCUUAGCAGAUUGAGCUCCAGCUCUGCUGGACGCUGACCAGGAAGAGAAGCAGCCCCAACAGACAUCUCUGCUGCAGGACGAGAGCUGCCGCACAGCACUGGGAAGAGGAGGCAACACUGAGGUAAAGAGAGGACAUGCUGACUCAGCUGCUUUUGGGAUGGACUGCCUUGCUCAGCGGCCUCGAGCCGGCGGUUGCCUCCGUCACAAUCAGGUUUCUAUCUAGCAGAGACAGCGGGUGUUCAGCUCCGAAAUGUGAAGUCUUCAUCCCUCCUCCACCUCCACCACCUGUGUUUCCUACAGUCAAACGGAGAGCAGGGCUGCUGGUCGAUAUAACAGAACACAUCACAGGAGCGAAAGGGGAAAAGGGCUCCAGAGGACCCAGAGGACCCAAGGGCCAACCUGGUGUAACGGGUCCAGAUGCAGAACCUGGAACACAAGGAGCCAUGGGACAGCCCGGUCAAAAGGGAGAGAAGGGUGACAGAGGCUGGAGGGGCCUGUAUGGAGACAUAGGAACUCCCGGGAUCAUACAGGGCAGUAAGGGACGUAAAGGAUCCAGGGGUGAUAAAGGUGUGAGAGGAAACAGAGGACCCAGAGGAGAGAGGGGUGAGCGCGGCAUCACUGCAGCGCCAGGAGAGAAGGGCGACCCAGGCCAGUGGGGAGAUGCAGGGCAGAUAGGUGAGCAAGGACCCAGAGGAGAGCCUGGAGGCAGAGGAGGCCUGGCGUUGAAGGGAUCUCGUGGAACUCCAGGAAAGCCCGGUCAUCCUGGUCCUGCAGGACUGUCUGGUCGGACUGGAGAGCCUGGUCUACCUGGACAAGUGUACGUCCUACCAGGCCUGCAGGGAGACACAGGAAACCGAGGCCCUUCAGCCAAAUGCAACUGUUCACAGGUUCGAACCCCAGAACGAUUGUUGGACAGAGUCCAGACGAUCUUUGUUGCGGACGGAGAGAAACAGAUGAGGAGACUGCGGGGGGAGAACGUGAUGGUGCUGCGGACGGACAGAAAAGCUCUGUACAUCUACUCUGACUCUCAAUGGAUCAACGUACUGGAGGACCCCAGACAUUGACCCCAACUCCAUUCAACACAGGCUGAAGUGCCCUCGAGCAAGACCCUUAACCCCAACUACUCCAGUGGCCAGCAGCUCAGACUGUGGUUAUACUGGGAAGCUUCCGGGUGUGAAUGUGGUUAACUUAGUGAGUGUGAUCAGGGUCCUGAAAAUCUACCCAUGUUAAAUAAAGGUUGGCCUGUCCUCUGUACAGAUCCUCUAA